GGUGUCUGCUCAGAGAGGUCCUCAGCCCAGGAACACACGUCCUGCAGCCGUUACAGCUUUUACCUGUGCAAGACUGAAAGAUGCAGCCACGAUAUACAUCUGUGCGUCCCAUUGACGAAAUCAGUGCGCGGACUGAAGAAGGAUCUAAUCUGAAGAAACGCCGCUACGUACGUAAAGACGGCAACUGUAACGUUGUCUUCCGCCAUGUUCCUGAGGAGUGGUUGCUGUUUGUAACCGACAUCUUUACCACCUUGGUGGAGAUCAGGUGGAGAGUGAUGUUCCUGAUCUUUGCCUUGUCUUACAUCCUUUCCUGGCUGUUCUUCGGUAUCCUUUUCUGGGUCAUAGCCAUCGCUCACGGAGACGUCAGAGACCAUAACAAUGACCCUUGUAUGUUUGAGGUGCACAGCUUCACAGCUGCUUUCCUCUUUUCGCUUGAAACUCAAACCACCAUCGGCUACGGAUUCAGAGGAAUGUCUGAGAACUGCAUGAUUGCCAUCAUCAUUGUCACCAUACAAGAUGUCAUCAGCAUCUUUAUCGACACCUUCGUCAUUGGGAUUGCUGUUGCCAAAAUGGCCUCGGCCAGAAAAAGGGCACAAACGGUGGGCUUCAGCAACUGUGCAGUCAUCAACCUGCGAGAUGGUUACCGGUGUCUCUGCUGGAGAGUUGGCGACUUCCGGAGAAAUCACCUAGUGGAGGGGGUGGCUUGUGCUCAGAUUUUCCGUUCCAUGGUGCAUGCUACAGGGAAAGUUGAUGUGAGCUAUGAAGACCUGGCAAUCCAGCAGAGCAACAUCGUCCUGGUAACACCUACCACCAUCAUCCACAGGAUUGAACCCAGCAGUCCGCUGUACAAGAUGAGUUUGGAAGAUCUGCGAAAAGCUGACUUUGAGCUGGUGGUUUCCUUCACCUAUACAGACGAUUCCACAGGCAUACUGCAUCAGACCCGGACAUCAUACACUCCAGAUGAGAUCCUCUGGGGCCAUCUGUUCCAGGAGAUGAUCAGGGUCAACAGGAGGCACUACAUGAUGGAUUAUAACUUGUUCAAUAACACGACAAAGGUACUGUUGCCAAUGGUCAGUGCUGGGGAGUAUGAGAACGGGAAGCAGCUGAAGCUCUCUGCUCAUCCCUCACCCCGACAUUCUCCCAGGUGUUCCCCACGGCCCUUUCCACACUCUCAGUCACAAAAUCCUCCUGAAAAUCGACUGAAACCUCCGUCUGUGAUGGUGGAACUGGUGAGUGAAAACCAACCUGAACCAACCAUUUCCACAUCUCAGGCAGAGAGUCAACAUCAAGACACUUUGGCUCUGCAAACUGAGCUCAAAGGAGCAGAACAGAAGAAGAGCCACGAAAUUUGAGAUUUUACAAACAUACAGCGUCAACUGUCCUCAGAGACCAUUGUUCAAGAAAAUCAUUGAAGGCUUCCCUGCAUCUCAUCUACUGUAAGAAUCCUGGGGGAAUUGUGUUUUAUAAGGUAUUUAGUUACUGAACAAAAGACAGCAGUACCUAAGAAUAACCAUGCCAUUAAAAACACUGAUAGCUGUGGGUUUAAAAAAAUUUCAGGCUACUUGUUUUUGGUUUUGUUGACAACUGGAUAAAAUAUACUGUAUAUAUAUAUAUAUAUAUAUAUAUAUAAUUAUUAUUAAAUUUUUAAAUGUAUGAAAUGGAAAGGUAUUCAUAAGCAAAUUUAUGAAUUACUCCUUUUAGGAAUAGCAUUUAAAAAAUACUUUUACAAAUCAGAGUAUUUAAAAAGGAAACAUUAUUUUAAUUCCGCUUUAAUAUUUCAAUUUUAAAUGUGUAAUUACAGAACAGUUUGUAAUCUGAUUUUGAAACAAUAUCCUCUAUAAAUAAAAAAAACAGCUGUCACUACUAAACUACUAAAAAAGAACAACUUUGAGCAUUUAGGUCAAUAUUAAACCAAAGAUUAUGGCUCUUCCAGCAGCUACACAACUUCCUGAUACAAAAAAAUUCAAUGGCAUCCGCUUAAGCACAGAUGGCAGACAUAUUUCAGUCCUGUGCUGCUAGAUCUCUGUGCUGCAUUUGACACAGUCGACCAGAAGGUCUUACUAGACCGGCUGAAAAACUGGGUAGAACUUUGAAUCCUGUUUAAAAGAACUUUUAGAGCUUUUGGAGCCAAGGAAGAAAGAUUAAAAGUCAGUUUUCAGCUUCAAACAGCAAAGUUAAAAACUAACAACCAAGCCAGAAAUCUGGGAGUAACCAUGGACUCAGACCUGAAUUUUAUCAGGUAUAUUAAGACAGUUGUGAAAUCAGCCUGUUAUCACUUAAAGAACAUAUCGAGGAUUAAAGGAAUGAUGACUCAGCAAAAUUUAGAAAAACUGGUCCAUGCAUUUAUCUUUAGUAGACUGGACUACUGUAAUUCUGUCCCCACAGGUCUCCCUAAAAAGUCCACCAGACAGCUGUUGUUAGUCCAGAACGCUGCUGCUCG